AUGGCAGAGUUCGAUGAUCAGCGCAGUAGAAUCCCAGAGAAUGUGUUUUUAGGAGUACUAUGGGCACUCACGGCCAUCUCAUUUUUCUCCGUCUUGUUCCGGGUAUACGUCCAACUCGCUUCAUUUCAUCGACUUCUCAUAGAUGACUUCCUUGUCAUAUCGGCAUGGAUAAUCAUUCUUAGUGCCGACAUUAUUUGGCAGGUGAAGGGCAAGAUUCUCUAUGAGCUGUACGCAAUCAGUGCUGGUGAGAAGCCAUUCUCCCUCGACUUUCUGCCAAGAUACAACGUCUUCAUGCGCUACAACGCACCGUUCCAGAUCUUGUUCUAUACUGGAUUAUGGUGUAUUAAGUUCUCCUUCAUGGCUUUCUUCUACCGAUUGUGUUCCAAGGUGAAGGCGUUCCGCAUUUGGUGGUUCGUUGUGUUCUUCUGCACUGCUAGCGUUUACAUCGCCUGCAUUGGUGACAUCGAAUACAAAUGCAGCCUGGGUGGUAUUGAAUACAUCAUCACACAAUGCCCGCAGCUCCACCAUAUUCACUACGAAAAUCGUAGUUUCUGGGCCAACGCUGCGGGCGAUAUUGUCACAGACCUAAUGAUUCUUUCGAUUCCGUUUUUGGUGUUGUGGAACACUAAGAUUUCACGCCGCAAGAAGCUCAUUCUCCUCAGCAUGUUCUCAGCAACACUGGUCAUCAUGGUCAGUGCCGUAAUCCGAGUUGCCGUCGGGAUGGAAUACGAUCGGCAAAUCAACAUUGACUGGUUGUGUUUUUGGAGCUUUGUCGAAGUCGACAUUGCAAUCAUCGUAUCAUGCGUACCAUCUUUGCGACAACUGUUCAUCACAACGCAGAAUCAGAACUCGUCUGCUAAAGGCUCUUAUCCGAACACCUAUGAGCCCAUGCUCAAGAAGUCGAAAGAGGCGUCUGCUCAGGACAAGUCGACUUCUGUUGGCGACGUUGAGUCACCAGUUGACGAGGUGCCUAUGUCACCAUUGAGUAUCGUACAUGUUCGUAACGAUUAUGAAGUGACUCGUGAUGCUCCUAACGCGUCGCGGGAGCACUCAAGGCCUGACAAAACACACAUGACCUUUGACUAA